GGUGGUGGGUACCGGGCGACGUGGUGCCUCCUCAGCACAGGUGAACUGAACACUGAGCAUCCUGAGACGUCGACCUGCACUGCAUCGCCUGUCUUACAAAUAUUUCCUAAAAAAUCAUCCCACUAUACAAACUCAAGCGAUGUGACGAAGCCCUGCGAUUGUCACGUGUGUAUCACGCGCGGACGGACAUCUGUUCCAGGUAGCUGCGAUGGAAAGCACUUAAGCACCUAUACUUGAUAAAAAGUUCCUUGAGGAAUCACAUCGUAUCUCUAUAGAAGGAAGAAAAUAUUGUUCCGAUGAGAAAAAUGUAUUACUCGGUAUUAGUUAUCGCGUGCACGGCAGCGACAAUGGCGGCAGCGAGUAAUGACCGCCAACCCAGGCGGAUCAUCCAGCAGAUGACAUCUCACUCGGUCAUCGGCGGUCCAGACUAUCAGCUAUGCGAGAAGGGAGGCACCAUGGGUGCCUGUCUGCCCAUGACAAUCUGUCAACAACAGGGAAAGUUCAUCGGAUAUUGCGGUAACACCGGCACCUACUGCUGCAAAGUUAUCAAGACGUGCGGGGACAGAACCACGUCCCACCAAGCCAUCUUCAGGAAUCCAACCUAUCCGGGCAGGGACAGCGAGGCCAGGGUGUGCCCCUUCAAAAUGGACAUCGGCAAGGGAGUGUGUGGAGUCAGGCUAAACUUCGACUUCUUUGAGUUAGCCAAGUACUUGAGCGGUGUGUGUAUCCGGGACACCUUGACCGUGCUCGGAUCGGCGGUGUCCAACUACACAGCCACCCCCGUCUGCGGCAACAUGACGAACUGGGCAACAACAUUCCCGGUGAAGGAGGGAGGACACAUCACGCUGGCCAUGGUGCUGCAGGGGAUGCCAUCAUACAAGUUCUCCAUCAGAAUAACGCAACUGCAAUGCUCAAAGAUCACCACCUUCAUCUCUCCCACCAGUGCUGGAAUUAAGAAUGUGGACGCCGAGCCCUAUACACCCACCACCACCCCACCCCCGACAGAGACCCCGGAGACCACCACUGAUAUGACGACGGAGAUACCCACCACCACCUUUGUGACCACAGACGUUCCCACGACCAACGCAGCACCUGCUGGCGCGACAGAGGGAACUUCUGGACCCACCACGCUCCAGCCGGGGAGGAUAGCUAUCCCGAAGCACGACAAGGUGGUAUUAAAGGCUCCAUACGAAGAGGAAGAGGAGGAGGAGGAAUAUGACCUAGCGGUGGAAGGCGUGGACUCUGUACCCUCCGUCUCGGCCUUUAAAAGGGCCUUCGAGAUGCGAGUUAAUGACAGGUGCUGGCAGUAUGAGGAUGAGUCUGACACUGGCUUCAGGAUUAUCGGCGGAGACUACACCAACCUCAAUGAGUACCCGUGGCAGGUUGGGUUGGUGUACAAAAAAAAGUUCUUCUGCGGUGGCUCCCUCAUCGACGACCGCCGCGUGCUCACCGCCUCCCACUGCGUCUUCGGGAGCUUCUCAAAGGGCAUCGGCGAGCUCAUUGUCACCAUCGGCGACCACGACCUCUCCACCCGCAGCGAAACUAACCACACAGUGAGCAGGGUCAAGUCCAUCAUCUGGAACAUGCACUACAACCCUCACACCACGCAGAAUGACAUCGCUAUUCUGGAGUUGGAGAAACCUAUCAACUUUGAUUAUAGGAAAAGCGCAGUCAGGCUUCCCAGCGACCUAGACGAGCUAUACGCAGAUGCCAAUGCGACGGUCACCGGCUGGGGCAGGUUUGACAUAAAAAAAAAGAAGACCAGCCCUGUGCUGAAGGAGUACACUAGCACGUUGAUCAACAGCACGAACUGCGUCAAGGCGUGGAAUAUGUUCCCGGGUAUCAGCGCAGAACUGGAACAACACAUUUGUCUGGACGUCACUAUUGGAACGCCGUGCCAUGGUGACAGCGGGGGGCCACUGGUGGUCUGCGCAGGAAACCACUGCACUCAGGUCGGGGUGGUAAGUUUCGGCUUCCCGCUGUGUACCAAUGUGGGUCUGCCAGCAGUGUUCGCGCGCGUCACUUACUUCAAGUCCUGGAUAGACAUGAACACUCACACGCUGUCGGUGCUCCACGUGUGAGACGAAUGCUGCUUAUGGGACGACCAUUGGUGAGGCAAGGAAACGCGGGAGAUGUAAAGAAAGAGAGACAGAAGGAAGCAAUUCCUUAGUGAAAAUGGAAGAAACACAGUAACAACUAACAGAAAGAUGAUGGACAACGUAUACGUAUAGUAGACUACUCAAAGCAGGAGCACGGGCUGUGCGACUUUCAGUGUAAAUAGACGAGCCGCUAAGUUUUCAGUUAAAUUGUUAUGGAUUAAGUAAACGUUUUGUUUGCUUCUCAGAAAGCAUUCCUUCAAUAACAAUUUCUGCAUCAGAAAAAAAAAAAAAAUAGGAGCACUUGGAAUUUAUCCUGAGAAGUACUAAAAUAUCAAACAAGUAAAAUAAAAUAAAGUAAAUCAAUGAAAAAAGACAGCGAUUUGUCAUGUGUUACAGACUACAACCAUGAGCUUCUUUGUGACUACUUUAUCCAGUGGAUCUUUGGGUCACUGAAUGCAAUAAAUUAACAUCACAGUGUUUGUUCUUAUAUGUCACAGUACGGAAAAAAAAAGUAUGGUUAAAAGAGAAAUACAUACUAUAGUGUGGGACUUAUUCUGUCAUGAUGUCAACAUUGAUCAUAUGUAUCAAUAGCAUCACCAUCACAACCAUAGCUGUCUCCGCCAAUACUGAUAAAUAUCUACCCAUCAUUCACUAUCACGAAAACCACUACCACUAAUUCCACCUGCACUACCGCCAGUAUACUAAUAUACCUCCAUUACCCCUGUCACCACCAUUAUUAGUACAUUCCAAUAGUUUUCUCAUUAGGUGUUGGUACAUUCAGAAUUUCUUUAGCAUCUACACUAUAUCCAUUUUUAAUCAUGCAUUCACCUAACAAACGUGGUUAUGCAAGGAAAUGAUUAACUGGUCCACAGCUAUUUUGACAAUGCAAUCCAAAUCCGCAGUCACAAACGUCAGAUUAUUAUACAGUAACACAGCCACAAGUAACACGGGUUCUCCACUUCUGUUUUGUGAUAUAUUUUGAAUUAAUUUGCUGUGUUACGUCACAGUCCGAACAAGAGAAAAGGAAAUAAAUAAAAAGUUCUGUGCUCCCAAUGGAAGACGUGAGGUAAACACUGCAGAGAGAAGCUUGAAUGAAAAAAGAAAAUAAGAUCGAUAACAGUCACUGAAAAGAACGAAAAUCGCUGAAUUCGUAACAAAUAAAUAAAGAAUAGAUAAUACGAUAGAAAAGAUAAAAAAUAGCUCAUAAAUGCUAAGUCUGUUGGUUAACCUUUGGAGACGACCUGCUCAAAACAAAACUUAAAAAAACGUUGGCAUACCUUCACUAUUCACAAAGAAGACUAAUGAAGAUAAGGAAAACAAACAAACAAACUACAAUUAUGACACAAACAGCGUGAGAAAAGUACGAGGAGGGAUGAGGCUUCAAGUCACCUCACCGACUCACGCACAAUGCUUUCUCUUAGACCCAUCAAAACAUCUCAGGUGAGGCGUACUCGUGGAUGCAAGACAACAGGAACAACUUCCCGUGUCUCAACAUGCCACGUCGCAGAUAUUGAGUAAUACGUGGUUACUAAUAAUAUUACUGCACUCCUCAUUAUACUCGUGCAGUUCACAAAAACCUUCCUUCUUCAUACACGAUGGCAACAACCCCCUGCAGCACACACGUGUCGUCACCAACACCACACACCUGACGUCAAUAGCAAACACCACUCCCCAUCAGCACACACACAAACCGUCGCUAACGUCAAACACAGCAAACACGCGUCACCAUCACAGUGAUGUAACAGCACCACCUCUCUCCUAAACACUUCACCCUUACAUGACGUGUGGCAGCUCCACGUGGCUAUUUAUCCAGCUUUUCAUUUCCCAAAAAUAAGCUCAAUAUGACUUUUUAUAUGUGUAACGGUAUAAUAAAGCUUGAAGAUGA